AUGAUGAAAGCAUCUACCGAAAGAAAGGAGUUGUCAUGUUUUCGUCAAAUUGUUGUCUUAGACAAAUGCGACAAGGACACUGCCAGGUCGAUGCUUGUGAAGGCUGCCAAGCAAGUAGAACCGAUCAUGGUGAAACGAAACUGGUCGGUGGGAACACUGCGAGAAUUUCUCCCUCGAGACAGGAAGCUUCUGGGGCUGAAUGAGAAUCGAGGAGAGACUAUUUCCAUCCGCCUGCGAGGUUCAGGCGACAAUGGCCGCUUCCUUGAGUACCACGAUGUCCUCGGUACGCUCCUGCAUGAGCUGGUUCACAACGAAGUGGGCCCACACAAUCAGCGCUUCUAUGUGCUCCUGCAGCAGCUAGAGGAGGAGACAGAAAGCCUCAUGGCGCGAGGCAUCGUCGGGGUGGGGCCAUUCGAGUGUGAGGGGAGGCGGUGCGGAGGACGCCAGGAGCAACGGAACAUGCGAGAGGCGAUGCUGACAGCAGCACUCAAGAGGAAGAGGCAGCGAGAUCUGAUGGGGUCAGGGCGACUGGGAGGAAGCGAUAACUGCGGAAUGCAUGUGCGAGAGCUGGCAGGGCGAGCAGCAGCUCGGCGAGCAGAAGAUGAUCAGACGUGCCGGACCCGAGGAGAGGAGGAAGAGGAUGGGGGGGCGACGAGCAAACGAGGCCGGGCAGAACCAUUGAAGGAAGUGAUCGACCUGACUGGUGAAGAUUGA